UACUCCGUGGCUUGUGGCUGCGCAUGCGCGGAUUGCGUUGUCAGGGGUGACGUGUCCCGGUGACAGCCUGGCAGGAAGUGGUCGUGCUCGCUUUGGUGCGGAGAUGCUGAAGAAGUUCGAUAAGAAGGACGAGGAGUCCGGUGGCGGCUCCAAUCCUUUCCAACAUCUGGAGAAAAGUGCAGUGCUUCAGGAGGCUCGCUUGUUUAACGAAACUCCCAUUAACCCUCGAAAAUGUGCUCACAUCUUGACGAAGAUACUAUAUUUGAUAAACCAGGGGGAGCAUAUGGGUGCCACAGAAGCAACAGAAGCAUUCUUUGCUAUGACCAAGCUUUUUCAAUCAAAUGAUCCGACACUUCGGAGGAUGUGCUACCUCACUAUAAAGGAGAUGGCCAGCAUUUCUGAGGAUGUGAUCAUUGUCACCAGUAGUUUAACCAAAGAUAUGACGGGGAAGGAUGACAGUUACAGAGGACCAGCCGUGAGAGCAUUGUGUAAAAUCACUGAUAGUACUAUGCUGCAGGCUAUUGAACGCUACAUGAAACAGGCCAUAGUGGACAAAGUGUCUAGUGUAUCCAGCUCUGCCCUGGUAUCUUCGCUGCACCUACUGAAGACCAGCUUUGACGUUGUCAAGCGCUGGGUGAAUGAGGCUCAAGAAGCUGCUUCAAGUGAUAAUAUCAUGGUGCAGUAUCAUGCUCUGGGACUGCUGUAUCAUGUGCGCAAGAAUGACCGACUAUCUGUCAAUAAGAUGCUGAGCAAAUUCAUGCGCCAUGGUCUGAAGUCACCUUUUGCCUACUGCAUGUUGAUCCGGGUGGCAAGCAAGCUUUUGGAGGAAGAAGAUGGAAAUCGGGACAGUCCUCUAUUUGACUUUAUUGAAAGCUGUCUGAGAAACAAGCACGAAAUGGUUGUAUAUGAAGCCGCAUCCGCCAUUGUGAAUCUGCCUUCUUGCACUGCUAAAGAACUUGCUCCUGCCGUGGCUGUGUUACAGCUGUUUUGCAGUUCUCCUAAAGCUGCUCUUCGUUACGCUGCAGUGCGAACACUCAAUAAGGUGGCCAUGAAACAUCCAUCAGCUGUAACUGCCUGCAACCUGGACCUAGAGAACCUGGUGACAGACUCUAACCGGAGCAUUGCUACCUUGGCCAUUACUACCUUGCUAAAGACGGGAAGUGAGAGCAGCAUCGACCGGCUCAUGAAACAGAUCUCUUCCUUCAUGUCUGAAAUCUCAGAUGAGUUUAAGGUGGUAGUCGUUCAGGCAAUCAGUGCUCUGUGCCACAAAUACCCCCGUAAGCACUCAGUCAUGAUGAAUUUCCUGUUCACUAUGCUGCGGGAAGAGGGAGGGUUUGAGUAUAAGCGAGCGAUUGUUGACUGCAUCAUUAGCAUUAUCGAGGAGAACCCUGAAAGCAAAGAGACUGGUCUGUCCCACCUGUGUGAAUUCAUUGAGGACUGUGAAUUCACUGUUCUUGCUACUCGAAUCCUGCACCUCCUGGGACAGGAAGGCCCAAGGACCAACAACCCUUCCAAGUACAUCCGCUUUAUCUACAAUCGAGUUAUCCUGGAGAAUGAGGAAGUGCGAGCAGGUGCUGUGAGUGCCUUGGCCAAAUUUGGUGCACAGAAUGAAGACAUGUUACCCAGUAUCUUGGUGCUAUUGAGAAGGUGUGUGAUGGAUGAUGAUAAUGAAGUAAGGGAUCGAGCUACAUUUUAUUUGAACAUUUUAGAGCACAGACAGAAGGCUCUGAAUUCCUCCUACAUCCUUAAUGGGAUCUCGGUGUCUAUCCCUGGGUUGGAAAGAGCUUUGCAACAGUAUACCCUGGAGCCAUCUGAAAAACCAUUUGACCUAAAAUCUGUUCCGUUGGCAACUGCACCAGUCUCUGAACAAAGGAUAGAAAAUCUGCCAAUCACAGCUGUCCGGCAGCCUGAGAAAGUGGUAUCAACAAGGCAGGAUAUUUUCCAAGAGCAACUUGCUGCUGUUUCAGAAUUCAAAGAUCUUGGUCCCCUGUUUAAGUCUUCUUCAGAACCUGUUGCGCUUACCGAAUCUGAGACUGAGUAUGUUGUCCGAUGUACUAAGCACACGUUCGCUAAUCAUUUGGUGUUCCAGUUUGAUUGCACCAACACACUCAAUGAUCAGAUCCUGGAAAAUGUAAUCGUGCAGAUGGAACCUACCGAGGGAUAUGAAGUAAUCUGCUGUGUGCCAGCUAAAACUCUGUCCUAUAACCAUCCUGGCACAUGCUACACUUUAGUGUCUGUACCUGAAGAUGACCCAGCAGCAUUUUCCUGUACUUUCAGUUGUUUAUUGAAAUUCACAGUCAAGGAUUGUGAUCCGAACACUGGGGAAGCCGAAGAGGAAGGCUAUGAGGAUGAAUAUGUGCUUGAGGACAUCGAGGUGACUGUAGCAGAUCACAUACAGAAAGUUCUCAAACCUAACUUUAGCGCUGCCUGGGAUGAAGUGGGAGAUGAUUUUGAGAAAGAAGAAACCUUUAACUUAGCAACCAUAAAAACAUUAGAAGAAGCUGUUGGUAAUGUAAUUAAAUUCCUCGGAAUGCAGCCCUGUGAGCGAUCAGAUAAAGUGCCAGAAAACAAGAAUGCCCACACGCUGUAUCUGGCGGGUGUAUUUAGAGGUGGACAUGACAUCCUUGUUCGCGCCAAAUUAGUCCUCACUGACACAGUAACAAUGCAAGUGACAGCACGCAGCAAAGAAGAACUUCCUGUGGAUGUCAUUUUGGCUUCUGUAGGUUAAAAAGAGGUUUUCUUCAUUUACACUACAAAGGGAUUUAUACUUUAAAUGGAUUUUACCUUUUGAAGGCAACGAUUGCCCCAACCAUAUACAAAUAUCCUGGCACAAAGCAUUUGCAAACCCUGCUGGUAUUAAACUGCCCAAAUCAGUCCUACGAUUCUUUUGUUUAGUUUUAUUGUAGACCAAGUUAUGGUAUUGCUGAUUAAGAUCGUUCAAUGGUUAAAAUGAAGAAACACAAAAAUAUAUCCCCACACCUUAGUUCGCUAAGCAUCAUGCGAUCCAUGGUUAAAGGAAAGGGUAGUUUUCUCUUUUGUAAUGCGACUGUUUAAAUGAUCUGAUUCUUUCUCCGAUUGAUUGUAAAAUAUUGAAAUUUCUGGGUUUCCGCAUAAAUUUGAGCAGAGAGAAUUUUUGGGUAGAUGUAGCAUCACACACAAAUGCAGUUUAAUUGAUCAUAAAGAAUAUGUAGACCCGUGAAGGUUGAAUGUUAGCUUGGCUCUUUUCAUGUGUAGGAUGUUCAUGAUGUUCAGACAGCUGCCUUGAUAGUCAUAGGAAUCCUUGUUAAUGACUACUUCAGUUCCAAAGCAUAGAUCUCUCGAGUCAGCAUAUUUACUGUUUUUGGCUGACUCUGCUAGUAAGAGGCCAACACCUCUCUAUUGUAUAUGGAUCCAGACAAAUUUUAAUAAAUAACCCUGUAAGUGCGCAAGGGAGAAGCUAACCAUUGCUGAAUCGUUAGGCACUCAUGGAACUAAACAUUGUUGCAAUAUAAUGUAGACGUUCAGUGUCCAAAACUUUUAGAAGGUAAUGUCAUUGUUUUUAUAUUGCACCUUCUUAAUCAAACCAUUUAAUCCCUUUUGGUCCAAUGAUACAAUUCUGUCUAGUCUCAAAGCGUUCCUUUUGAUGAUCUUGGUUUGCUGCCCUUCUCUAUUCAUGACACUGUUUCAGAUUUUCCCUGUUUGGUACAAACAAGAACCGUGCAUGAGAAAAGUAGUUUCCUUAUUCCUUUGUUAGGGAUAUAUUUGGAAAUUUGUAGUCCGAUAUCAUGCUAAUAUAUUUGUUCUGCAUUGAAAUAACAUGUGUUCCUAAUAUAAUAUGCCUUUUGCUUUUUUUGUAUGCAAAAUAAACAUAUGGUGACAUACAAUAAUAAAAAA